UGUAAUUCCACUUGCAAAAUGUCGCGUGGAUUCAAUGCAGCAAGUUCGCCUGCCACAGGCUGCGGCGUAAACCUCUUUUCUUUAUACCUCUUUUCAUCGCUCUCUAUACCCUGUCAAAAUGAGAGGAGAAUACUGCGUUGGAGGAGCUUCCUUUCUUUCGUUCGUUGCACUUCUGCUAUUAAUCUUUGUCCAUGUUGGACAAAUCAAUACCUCAGUUGUUCCUCAUGGAAUUGCAAUGGCAAAAGUCAACACUUCAGGGUUCGGUCAAGCACUGAACGCAUCCUUCGGUGAUCCGAUUCAGGGCCUAUAUACCGAUAAUUAUACCUCGCCCCUCGGUGAGCGGAACGGGUUGAGACAACUCUAUGAGUUCGGUCUCUAUUCCUAUUGCGCAUUCGUUAACAGCUCUGCCGGAACAUGCACCAAUCACACCAUUGCAGACAGCUUCGAGCCCUAUAUUGCGAUGACGUCCGAUAUGUUCCAAAACUACACGCAAUACUCUGACGCAAUGUUUGUAAACACGACUUUGAUGAACUCGAGCUACCUGGGUUACAAUGCUCGCGUUGCAUACUACUUUAUCCUCUUGGGGACCAUAUUUGCAACCAUCGCAUUGUUCACCGGUGUAGCAAGAAGGGCACUCUUAUUCUUUAUUUCAACAGCUUCAUCGAUCACGGCUGCGCUGUUCAUUCUCAUCGGCGCUGCCAUCUGGACAUCAAUCGUCAAAAAAUGCGAGGCUGUCAAUACCCUGCAGUUGCAUGUCUCAAAUGGCACCGUUCUAUCAGGCAUAGUGGUGUCUUAUGGGAAUGGAAUAUAUCUUGCAUGGGCAGCCUUUGCCUGUUUGGCCGCAUCGACAGUGCCAUACAUGGUUAGCUGCUGCACAUUCCGAGGAUGAGUGUUCGAUGUUAGCCAUCACCCUCACUUCAGUCAUGGACUUUUAUGAUGAGCAAUAACUAUCACGAUCAGCGAUGCGACUCUCCGCAUGAGACUGAUCAACGAGGACAUUUAGAAGUAUACCACUAUCUAUCACGAUUCAUUUUAUGGUGAAAUGAAAAUGCCGGAAGUUCUUCCUAUGUUUCGAGUGAUAUCUAUUCAAAACAAAAGCGAAUCACUUCUAGAUACAUUUCACCUUCACUGGAGAAGUUGCCUAUUCAUACAUGUUGCAUACAAAAUUUUGGCGAUAUUGGAACUUUUUGACCGAGGAUCAAUACCGG